AUGAUCAUGCUGUCAAUCUUCGGAAAAUCUUUGAACUAUUUAAUAUGCGUUAAGAGAAUUGACAAACCUGAUCAUGUUCAUGAUGGUACCUGGGAUUUGGAGGCUUCAUCGACUGAAUUUCCGGCAUCUGCCUGUUCGGUUGAUCCUUGUGGUUUGUUUUCUAAUCAUGGUGUGGUUCAAGUUAAUUUUCCUUUGGUGUUCAAGUUGCCGGUGGAACGUGGCAGAAAAUUGCUAGAUUGCAAAUUGACUCACAGAAUCAGCAACUCUGAUAUCUCAUUCUGCCAGUUCGUCCGAAAUUUAGGAGUUAUUUUUGAAAAAAACAUGUCAAUUCACAAUUCGUUCAUUGAUCAAACCAAUGAUAAUGAUUUGACCUGA